UUAUGGAGCCUUUGCAGGAAAUCGAGCUGAUAUCACUAGCUGAAGACAUAGGUCCGGGCAAAUACUCAAAACUGUGCAACAGUCUUGGGUAUUCCUAUGCAGUAAGCCAAUCACACAUCGUCAAACAUCUCAACAACGUCAAUGAAGCUCUGGUAGAGCUCCUCAUCAAAUGGAAUUACAACCAAAGAGACGGCACCGAAACUCGAUCCAUACUAGCCAGCAAGCUCCGUGAAUUACGACUUGUUGAAUUAGGUGAAAGACUAUCAGAAGGUAAAUAUAUACCCAACCAGCAGGACUCACAUGACCACGAGAAGACUCCAGUGCAGACUAGCCCAGGUAUGGCGGCUCAUGAAGGUAUUGCCAAUGACCUUAUCUGCAAGCUGGCUGAGGACAUCGAGACGGGUGAGCAGAUGGAGGCCUUAGGACGAACACUCGGAUUCAAGGUCGCAGAAAUCAAUAGAUACACAGAAACCAACAGGAUAGAAGGACGGGUGACUUGUAAGGGAACACGUGAUAUGCUGUUUGACUGGAGACAGAAUGUGAAGCCUUGCAACCAGCAUCCCAGGCUGAAACAAGCUCUCAUUGACGCUAAGCUAGUAAUGCUUGCGGAUACAUAUCUCAAGGGGACACCAAGUAAUCCAGGUAUCUACAUCAAGAAGAUCUCGGCAUCAUUGACUGUUCAGCGAUGUCGCGAAAAGUUAGAGAAUAAGUACCGAGAUCAAUUGUGCAAAAUUCAAAUGAAACCGUGGGAUCAAAGUGAUUAUGCUGAGUUCGAAGACAUGCACACGGUUGUCACAAUGGUGAAGAAGGACGCUAGCGGACAAGACACGAAAAAGAAGGAAAUACUCCAGGGUUCUGUUGCUGAAAUAUUUUCAACGAAAGUAAACGGAAGACUUCCAGCUCGAAUCCUCAUUUCGGCACCAGCUGGACGAGGGAAGACCACGGCUGUUGCUAAGAUGGCUUACGACUGGGUUCACAAAGAAAAGGGGUCAGCAUUAGAACACCUGCCACUUCUGUUUGUUGUAAAGUUUCGAAACACAGGUCAGCUCACAUCGAUCGGAGAAGCCAUCAAAUCCCAGCUUUUGAGUGAUGUUGAGGAUCUCACACCAGAGGGUCUGGAGAGUUUCAUUAGAGAGAAUCAGGGUAUCUGCCACAUCAUACUAGACGGACUAGAUGAAUAUGCGGGUAUUUCUUCUUCCCAGCGAAUCUCAGAGAGUAACAUUUUCCGUGUCAUCCGUUUGGAAGAAUUUCCGGAGUGUCGAGUCCUCGUAACAACACGCCCUCAUCUAGAGUACUUCUUUGAUCAAGCGGAACUUCCAAGGGUAUACACAAAGAUGUGGAUAGAAGGAUUCUCACAAGAGAGCUCACGAGAGUACAUCGACAGAUUCUUUGCUUCAAACUCGAAUCCUAAUAAUAGCGGACAUGAUUUGAAGAUUUACCUUGACGGCCAACCACUGAUUAAUGAACUUGUUAAAACACCGUUAUUUUGUCUAAUGGUGUGUCACUUAUGGAGUGAGUGCCUACUGGACAGUGAUACUACUACUCAAACAGAAUUACUGGACAGCGUGAAUGUUUUCUUAGCGCACCAUGCAAACACCCGAUCAAAGUCAAGAGUAAAAAUCACACCCGAUGAGUUAAGGGAGAUAAUAUCUCAUUUAGGCAAAGUUGCCCUUACUGGUCUGCUCGACGAUGCUAAGAAACUAGUCUUCACGCAUCAUGAUUUUCGUAGAGCUCCCGCAAUCCUUGAUAGGGCAUGUGAGCUUGGGAUAGUAUCCAAGACAACUGUUUCGGUCACAGGCCUUCCUCAGCCCAACGAGACAACUUUCAAUACCAUUGAGUUUUAUCACAAACUCGCUCAGGAACACUCAGCUGGGAAAUACCUCGCUGCUAAAACAAAGAAAUAUAUGUUACGACUGAAGAUUUCAAAGUUGGACAGACUUCUACAGAAAAUCAAAGCAAACAUCGGUGACUAUGAGAAUCUCAUCCGAUUCGCUGCCGGCACGGAUAAUAGACUUUGUAUACGAAUAAUGGAGGCGCUCCUUUCCAACAGCUUUUUGGAUGAGAGUGAGCGAUAUCGAAUUCUCCUUGACUGCUCAUCAGAGACCAGCGGUACUGAAGGAAAUGUGUCAUCAUUGGUUCAAAGAUGCGUGAAUGCGCGGAGUAUUGUUCUAAAGUCACCCACCGUGUACACUGUCGUUGGGAUGCAAAAUCUUCCGAAGCAACUGAAGCGUGAGGUUACGACACUAAAGUUCGAGGGUUCUACUUUAAGUAUCGACGUGACGAGUGGACUAUGGUCCUGCCUCAGAUCCUUUACUUCACUGAUCCAGCUCAGCAUCUCCGACUCCUCUCUCAGUUUCCCUACAUCUCCCCCUGAGCUUCCAUCCAUCACAGAGCUUUCAGCCGAAAGAGUGACGUCACAAAGCUAUGAAGGUCUACUCUCAUCGCUUCCUGGCUUGAAAAGGGUCGAUAUCACUAUCGGAGAUGAACAGAGGGAAAACAUAUCUCAGAUCCAGAUUAGUCUACGUCGACAUCUGACGGAACAGGAUCUCACACGCAUCAACCCCCAUUCCUUCCCACCAGAGGGGAAUGUAUUAAGCAUGUCAAGACAGAAGAUGAGAGGACUGGGUUUUCUUAUCACAGAAUGUCAGGCGAUAUUGUCCGGAGUUGCUUUCGGACUCGGGGGUGCACUGAUCGAUGUUGUCCAGUCUUCAACGCGUUUAAUGUCAUCUAGUCUGUAUUUUGAACAGUUUUCCAGGACGCUAAAAUCCGAUGAACUAGCAUUAAAUAUUGACACAUUGAAAAUCAAGGAUUGCCAGCUAUCUACGGAGAUGACUGAUAAGUUGUGGUCCUGUCUCAGAUCCUUCACCUCACUGACACAGCUCAGCAUCUCAGAUUCCUCUCUCAGUUUCCAUCCAUCUCACCCGGAGCUUCUAUCAGUCACAAAGCUUUUAGCCGAGAGAGUGACGUCACAAAGCUUCGAAGGAGUGCUCUCAUCGGUACCUGGUGUGAGAGAUAUCGAUGUCUCUAUCGGGGUUGCAGAGACGAGCAACACCUUCCAGAUCACCACCGCGUCGACCUCCAGACCUAUUGGUCAGACCGGGAUUACGGAUGAACAGUCCUUCGUUCAUAUCAGACUGCACGCCUGGCCAGCACUCACCACAGACAUGAAUAUUGAUUCAGGCGAGUCAAAUGGAGGACUUAGUCUUCUAUUUCGAGAUCAAACCAAAGAGCAACAGCGGCUGCAUGUGUCCGGGAUGAAAGGCAGAGACGAAGAGGCCUUGGUUGACUUGUUUGUUAGGACUCAACAACUAACGUCCUUGAAUUCGGAGAGUGGAUGUGGUUCUCUUAGCGACACAGACGCCAUCCAGAAUACUAGGCUUAAUAUACAGCAGUGCCAGCUAUCUACUAAGAUGACCGAGAAGUUGUGGUCCUAUCUCAGAUCCCUCACCUCACUGAACCAGCUCAGCAUUUCGGACUCCUCUCUCAGUUUCCCUCCAUCUCCUCCUGACCUUCCAUCCGUCACAAAGUUAUCAGCGGAGAGAGUGACAUCACAAAGCUACGAAGGUCUGCUCUCCUCGCUUCCUGGCUUGGAAGAGGUCGAUAUCACUAUCGGAGAUGCAAAUGCAGAAGACAUAUCUCAAAUCCGGACUAGUCUACGUCGAUAUAUGACGGGACAGGAACUCACAUGUAACAACCUCCAUUCCAGUACAUCAGAGGGGGAUGUAUCAAGCAUGUCGAGAAAGAGGAUCAGAGGACUGGGUCUUCUCAUCGCAGAAGAUCAGGCAAUGAUGUCGGGAGUAGUUUUCGGCCCCAAGGAAACAGUGAUCGAUCUUGUCCAAUCUUCAACGCGUUUAAUGUCAGCUAGCAUGUAUGCAGAACAGUUUUCUAAGUCACUGAACUCCGAUCAAGAUGCAUUGCCUAUUAAAAUAUGGACAAUCAAGGACUGUCAGCUAUCUACCGAAAUGACCGUCAAAUUGUGGUCCUGUCUCAGAUCCUUCACCUCACUGAAACAUCUCAGCAUCUCAGACUCCUCUUUCAGUUUCCCUGCAUCUCCUUCUGAGCUUCCAUCCGUUACAAAGUUAUCGGCUGAGAGAUUGACGUCACAAAACUACACAGGUCUGCUCUCAUCGCUACCUUGCUUGAAAGAGGUCGAUUUCACUAUCGGAUAUGCAAAUACAGAAGACAUAUCUCAGAUCGAGACUAGUCUACGUCGACAUCUGACGGGACAGGACCUCACGCGCAUCGACCCCCAAUCCAUUACUUCAGAGGGGAAUGUAUCAAGCAAGUCGAUAAAGAGGAUGAGAGGACUGGGUUUUUCGGACCCAAGGAAACAGUGA